AUCACCAACAACGGGCCGCUCCUUCCCAGGUCGCCAUGUGAAGCAGCAUUUGUAGGCCGGAUCUUACUUAGCACGAAUUCAAGAUCGACAUCAUGCAAUGGCCCAGGUCUUGGCCCAGAACCUCCCCAAGCAAGAGGCCCAUGUGAAACCCCACAUCACCACACACUUCCUCUGCGAUGGGCUCCCGAGAGCUUAUGUGACAGAUGAGGCUCUCAUGGUCAAUUCCUAUAGACCGAGCCUUUACUUCUGCAGCCGCUCUACGAUCACUGAUUUAAGUGCUGACUCCGGCCCCACGAUGGCCAAAAACGAGGUCUUGAACGAUGACACUCUCUUCAGUCACUCCUCUUCAUUUUCUCCCGUCCUGUAGACCAGGAACCUCAGCUCCUGGAGAGCAGCCAUACAUUCUAUAUCUAGCGAUAACUUCAAGGCCGGUCCAUGUUGCAUCCUCCCUUUAAAACCCAUGAUCCUACCCUUCCCCUGACCGCCUCUCACAAUGUCAACAACAACCCCCUUCAUCCCCACAUGGAACCUCAAACCCUUCCCAGGCAUCUCCCUCUCCGCCGGUGGCCUCUUGGCGCUCGCAGACCUCCAAACGAUAGCCAAACGCACCGCCAUCACCGGCGGCGCCUCCUGGGCGGACGCCUUCCUCCUCGCCCCCGGCCUUCACUACCAGCAGGCAGCUGGGGAUUUGUUCCGCAAAGGCGGUAGUGGUGGUGCUUCGGCCAUAACCAAAAUAGUAGAUCAAUGCUCCCCUGACAGAGAGGUGACCCUCCAGCUCAACAACGCCGCCACAGCAGAAUACAUCCAGUCGAUCGCCCAGCCAGGACAAGAAGUGGUGCUUGAUAUUGGGCGGGUCAGGGAGACAACAAGGGGGGAAAGGUAUUUCUUACGACGGAGCAACGGCGGGAGGAGUGCGGUUGCCUGGUCGGAGGAGGAAGAGUGGGUGGAUGGAGGGUUGGGGUGGGUUUCGCACGUGUUAUAUCUCUCGACGCUGUUUUUGACAAUGGGGACGAUAGUAGUAGUUGUUCUCUUCAAAGAUUGGUGGUGCCUCAUGUCUAUACUGGGCUACAUGACCUCCCGCCUGCUAAACAUCUGCAUUAUCUAACGGCGGACCUCCCAGCAACCUAGAGAUCCCUCCCCUUCCCGUUCCCCUAAGCAAUCCAAAAGUGGCUCCCGCCAUCGCAGUCGCAGCCGGGUGUCCGAGUAUGCACGCCGCGCAGCGACGUAUCUUGUUUCUUUUGGUGAUGAUAAUGAGACUGCUGUGAGGCUGAGGGGGAAGAUGUCUGAUCUUGGGGCGGUCACGUCUGAUGCUUGGUUGAGGAGUUAGACCAACGUCGAGGGGUACUUGGAAGCGACGGCGAAAUUGAUAGUAUGGGUGGUGGCAGCCUUGUCAGGGAAUAUGACACAGGUGGGGAGUCUGAUGAUGAUGGUGUUGUUGAUAUUGUCAGCGGGCUUGCUGGCGGUGAGCAAUAGUCGAGCUGGAGGGGUGAGGGUUAAUGGGCGGGUUGCGAAACUGGGAAAGGGGGAUGUGGAACAGGGGGAGAAAAAAGGGGGCUUAGGGUCGACGACAAGUGUUGACAGUGUGUGGAGCGGAGAUGGAAGAAGGAGGGGACGGGGGGGUGAGUGCAGGCCUGCUACUGCCGCUGUGGAUUCGAGGGCGGGAGAGGACGGGGCGGAUUCGGCGGAGAGAGGUGAGGCCGGGCAUGGUGGCCAGGUGCGUGUUAAGUGGAAGGAAAGUUUGGAGCGGAGGCCGGAUCAGCAGGUGUAAUUGGUGGGACUUUUGGCUGGUGAUGGUGAUCAUCUUAGACACCAUCAAAACCCAUGGAGGACGGUAGGUGAGCACGGGGUUGACAUCAGGUUUGCAGACGAGAAACUGGACUUUCACCUAUCUUCUUGGACGCAGGAUUGUGGCGCCAGGGUAAUAAGCGCAAGUGUGCAUGGCUUUUAAAGGAGGUACAUUGGAACAUGCAGAGAGAAGUACCCUGUGUUAUGGGACACUGUGUGGGAAAAGGGGCUGCCAAGUUCAGCUGUAGUGACAAGAUACAAUUGCAAGGCAAGCUAACAGGGGCGCGCUUAUCGAGACCGCAGUAAAAAGCGUUGGCUAACCCAUUGACACCAGGCCGAUAUUUCAGCAGCCAACAACCUCGAAUUUAGCGGUAUAAAACAUUGUGGCCACUGUGAAACGUAGCCCGGUCAAGCAGAACUGGCCUUCCAAGGCGGCUUCACCCGUCUGCUAGCUGGCCUCCCGCGGGCUGGCUAUCGAGGCUCUCAACCUGUCAGUAGCAUCAAGUAAAUGCAUUAGCUUG